AAUAGCGCAUCGCUCCUCCAGCCCGCCUGGUGGCGCUGUGGCUUUCUUCCAAACGCAGAGUUUGUUUCGAGAAGAACAAAACAGUCGCUUCCGUUUGGCGGCAGCGUGUGUAAAUGUAAUACGUGCUUAAAAACUUUUAAACAAACACGUUUCUUAUCGAUCAGACUCAUUGUUUCUCUCAGCGGCUGACAUGGUGAAGCUGACGGCAGAAUUAAUCGAGCAGGCGGCGCAGUACACGAACCCUGUGCGGGACAGAGAGCUCGACCUGCGCGGCUAUAAGAUCCCUGUGCUGGAGAAUCUGGGCGCCACACUCGAUCAGUUUGAUACCAUUGAUCUGUCCGAUAAUGAGGUCAGAAAACUGGACGGGUUUCCACUGCUGAAGAGACUCAAAACACUCCUGAUAAACAAUAACAGGAUCUGCCGUAUUGGAGAGAACAUGGAGCAGGCUUUACCAAACCUGAAGGAGCUCAUUCUCACAAGCAACAACAUUCAAGAGCUGGGGGAUUUGGAUCCUCUUGCGACAGUGAAAUCAUUGACCCUGCUCAGUCUCCUCAGGAAUCCAGUUACCAACAAGAAACAUUACAGGUUAUAUGUCAUCAAUAAAAUCCCACAGAUCCGUGUUCUAGACUUCCAGAAGGUGAAACUGAAGGAACGUCAGGAGGCUGAAAAAAUGUUCAAAGGCAAACGAGGUGCUCAGCUUGCAAAGGAUAUUGCCAAGCGAACCAAAACGUUUACUCCAGGAGCAGGCCUUCAGACUGAGAAGAAAAUGGGACCGUCUGCUGCAGAUGUUGAAGCCAUAAAGAAUGCGAUUGCUAAUGCCACGUCACUGGCUGAAGUUGAGCGGUUGAAGGGGCUUCUCCAGUCAGGACAGAUCCCAGGACGAGAGCUGAGAUCAGGAGCAGCUAACAUGGUAGAGGAGGAGGAAGAGGAGAUCCAGGAAGAGAUGCAGGAAUCAGUCCCCACGUUUGAGGACAUGCAGAGCAUGAGAGACGAGGGAGAAAACGGAGAUGAUGUCAUGCAGGAGGAUAUGCAUGUUAAUGGAUCAUAGUUGUGUUCGAUCAGAAUCAUUAAUGCUUUGUUUUGAUGUUGUUUGACAGCAUUUUUUUUUUAUUUUUUUUUUUGUAAAUUUAAGUACAUUAAACAUUUGUUUUUUAAUGAACAGUGAUGUGAAAGUUUUUCUUUGUAUAUCUGAACGUCGUCAAGAAUUUCCUGUUUAUUUACUGUUCUAAUAUUUUGUGAAUUAUCCUUUAAGACUAAAAUUAAAAAUAUUAAUCUGUA